UUUUGAUGAAGUGGAACGUGAUAUAGAGGCCAAAAACUUGACGGGUGGCAUUAGGGCUGUGCUUAUGAAGCGGUACUCUGACCGCAAGUACGAGGCUAAAAAAUUAUUUAAGAGCAAGGGAGGUUACAAUGAUCUUGAGAGUGCAAGGGCAUUCCAUCCCGAGGAUAUGCCCUAUGAUAACUGGUUGAGAACCAUUGAAGGUUUCCGGGAAGCUAAAUAUAUUAAAAGAAGCGAGGCCAACACACUAGUACGCGAAAAACAACAAUUCCCAUACCGUGGGGGGACAUCUUCGUACGGUAGCACCGCCUAUAAAAAUGAUAUGGAUUGGGUACCUACGUAUGCUAAAACCCACACGGACAAUCAAGGGAAUUGGGUUGAUCCGGUUGCUGAACAAAAUUACCGGAACAUACAACAGGCCACAAGUCAAUGGAGCGGUGAGGGUCCGCCAAUUGCCCCGUAUCAGGAAGCGUUGGGUGAGCGGCGAGGAUGGUACCGCGGGAUGGGGCCUAAACCUUCUUCCAACACGUCCUCGCACUCGUCAUCUAACAUGUCGUCUUCGCAAGCUCGGACGCAAGAACCCUUUUCCGAGGAUUUUGUUAACAGCUUGUUCCAAACCCCGUCAUUUUUGAGCCAACUUAACAACUAUCUUGCUUCACAAGGAAAAGGAAAAGGAAAGUCAAAAGGCUACGAUUCUGACAACUUAUUCGAUAAUGAAUCCGACGAUGAACCCAACGAUAACGAUGACGAUGAGUGACUUGUUUUUAAUGUAUGCUUUGGAUUUAAUUAAACGUUGUAGGAUAUAAUGUACGACUUAAACGUAGUUUUUAAUUAGAUUACCUUUAGUAUA